GCCCUGAGCUCCCCACUCAACCAGCACUCCCACUCGCACAGUCAUACUCGCUCCCGACCUGGUCAUGAGAUCACUGCUGGGAGUUCUCGUGUGGAUGCUACUUUUCGGACUGAUCAAGAAGCCAUGCCCCCGACUCCUCGAGAUGGUGCUGGUCCGCGCCCUGUGCCGCCUCUGAGCCCCCGGACCGUGCUCCGGAACCGGCACGUCGUGGCCCAGCCCUGCCUGGUGGCGCCCCUGCCGUACCUCAACUUUCUGCGCCACCUGAAGACGAACGUCUUCAAGCGCUACGGCAUGCGCCGCCUGCUCCAGGAAGCCCCUCCCUUGUGGGACGCCCUGACGAAGGCCCAGAAGAGGAGCUUCGAGCCAGAGCGAGUCGUGUCUCGAAUGGUGCGUCAGGCCAAGGCGAAUCGGGCUAGGAGGCUGCUCUUCCGGAGCCGACAAGGCCAGACCGGCCGGGGCUCCACGAAGGUCCGGCGCCCCAUCUACGACAAGCGUCCGGUGCCGCUGAGACGCAGGAAGCGGGCAAGCAAGCCCAAGAGCAAAGACCAGGAGAGGGGGAGUCGCAGACCCCCUUCCCAGUAGGAAGACCUGGAGACCCAGAGACACACUUAACACCCAUGACUACAGCUAUCUUUUACCUUACUACCCAC